AUGCAAUUAGACGAGGAAGAUAUCGAAAAUCAAAAGCCUCAGAAACCUUGUAGCGGCCUUAGAAAGGAACUGAAGGAUUGCAUUUUAGCAAGUGAUUGUGUAAAAAAGGUAAAAUUUGUCAUAAAUGUAUUAUAUUGUGGCAAGCUUUAUGCUCGUCCUGGUUGAUUUUAAGUAGCUUAAGCCUACAUUCGAACGAUUACAUAGGUUCAGAAGUUGAGUUAAUAGAGACUACCGUGUUCGAGUACAAUCAUAACAUCCAAAAUAUAUUUCUACUCGUUUCUGUCUUUCAUGAAUGUUACUAACCCUAAAUAACAUUUCAUGCUUUGAGGGUGAACGAUAUUUACAUAACUCUACCUCUCCUCUCUGUGGCAUGUUCAGCAGUUCGGAUCAUAAAGCUGGACGUAACCAAAGAGGAAUUGCUGAAUAUUCAGAAGUGAAUGAGUAGAUUACUCUUGAAACUAGGAUGGGACAAAAGGAGAUUGAUAUAUUGGAGCCCCUCUUGUAAUUGAUUAAUUGAUUAGGUGUUAAUUGAUCGAUUCACACGACUGACUGACUGACCACAAUGACUGACUGAAAACAGAAUUACUGACUGAAUGACUGACUGAAUACAGACUGACUGACUGACUGCUUUACUAACUGAAAACAGAAUGACUGACUUACUGAAUACUGAAUGACUGAUUGAUGGACUGUCUGAGUGAGUGGUUGAUUGAUUCUCUCCUUUCAUUCAUGUGUUCCUUCAUUCAUUUGUCUGGUUAUUUAUUUUUUUUUUUUGUAGUUUGGAUCGAAACCCAAUGACUGUUUGAACCCUGAUGCUCAAGGUAUCAAUGAGAACUGUAGAAGGGUCCAGUAUGCAUUCUUUGAGUGCAAGAGGUCACUGGUAAGGAUGUUAUUUUGGAAUCUUUUUCAACUGUUUUUCCUAAACAACUCAGUCUCCUCUUGUUGAAAGGAGAUUACAUAUCAUAUAAGGUAAAUGGUAAAACAACCUGGCAUUACUCUGUGGUAUAAUAGGUUGUUUGAGGAGGAUUCUCUACUGGAGAAUUGUGUCAAAUUCCCAGGUCUUGUACCAGACUCCCUCUCCUACCCACACUGUUUAUAUAAGGGAAUGGAACACAAUUUAACACUGUUACCAUUACUGUCUGAAAGCUGAUCCUUUUAACUGUUGACUAGAAACUUGUUUGCUUUUUUAGUACUUGAAGUCUGUUAACAACAAUAUUCCCUUUACAGAGGUGUAGCAAUUAUUUUUCUAGGGGUUGGGUACCUACCUUACCGACAAAUCAACAUCUACCGGUAAACUGUGUUUUUAAUCACAAAAAGGAAAAUUUUGCAUCACAGUUUUUAUUCUGUUUUGUGCUUUUCUGCCACCCAAAUCAUAAAGUUUGAUUGUUUCAGAGUUUUUUUUGAAAAUAACCUUUUAAUGGAGUUUCAUGGCCACCCCAGCUCCCCCUUUCCACCCUUGGUGUGCCCCCCCCUGCAGUAGGAUAAUUUUCUGAGGUCUCAUUACCUAUCUGCCUGUCAUUGUAUUAACCCUUUAACUCUCAUGAAUGACCAAGACAGAAUUUCUCCUUACAAUAUCAAUACAAUAUUAACCAGAUAAGUGAUGAGAAUAAAGAAAAAUAUCAAUUUGGGAAUAAUUAGUUGAUCCAAUACUAACCUCUCUGAACUAACAUUAUAAGAAUUGUAAGGUUGACAGCAAGGAGAAUUACAAAUUUGAUCUGGGAGUUAAAGGGUUAAAAGGGUUUAAGAGAAUGCAUCAAAGGAUCAGUUUUUGGAGCAAAAAGGGAAAGAUGUGGUUGAACUGACAAACUUCUCAUUUUUUAUUUGUUGACAGUUAGAUUUUCGCACCCGUUUCAGGGGAAGAAAAGGAUACUGAUGGAGGAACACAGGAAUGUUGUUUUUAGUGGAUUGGACAAUCAAUAA